AUGGAUAUUGAUCUUAGGCUCCCUUCUGGAGACCAUGAAAAUGAAGAGAAAGAAGAGGAGGCGAAAGAGAUGAGCAACAUGAUAGAUGCUGAACAUAAAAUACAUAAUGAAGAGUUUUUAUCCAUUCGAGACAAGUCACCUCCUGACAAUGACAUAGGACUGAAUUCUCCAUCACUUGAUAUGGCAGAAUAUAAAGAAGAUGACAUAAAUCUUGAACCAAUUGCAGGCAUGGAAUUCGAAUCACAUGGUGAAGCAUAUUCUUUCUAUCAAGAAUACGCAAGAUCCAUGGGUUUCAGCACUGCAAUACAAAACAGCCGAAGAUCAAAAACAUCCAGAGAGUUCAUUGAUGCAAAAUUUGCAUGUUCAAGAUAUGGAACAAAACGUGAACAUGACAAAUCAUUCAAUCGACCACAUGGCAGACAUAGAACCAAUCAAGAUCCUGAAAAUGCUUCUGGAAGAAGAUCAUGUUCCAAAACAGAUUGCAAAGCAAGCAUGCAUGUGAAAAGAAGACCCGAUGGAAAAUGGAUCAUCCAUAGAUUCGAAAAAGAACACAACCAUGAACUUUUACCUGCUCAAGCUGUCAGUGAACAAACAAGAAAAAUGUAUGCUGCCAUGGCUAGACAAUUUGCAGAGUACAAAAAUGUUGUUGGUUUAAAGAAUGAUUCUAGCAACCCUUUUGAUAAAACCCGUAACACAGCUUUAGAAGCAGGAGAGGCGAAUAUACUCUGCAAAUUUUUUAUCCAUAUGCAGAGUAUAAAUUCGAAUUUCUUUUAUGCAAUAGAUGUAGGUGAAGAUCAACGUGUGAAAAACAUGUUAUGGGCAGAUGCAAAAACCAGACAUGAUUAUGUCAACUUUUGUGAUGUUGUAUCAUUUGAUACAUCAUACGUUAAAAACAAAUACAAAAUGCCUCUUGCUCUUUUCAUUGGGGUGAAUCAACAUUAUCAGUUCAUGUUACUUGGAUGUGCUCUACUAUCUGAUGAAAGUAGUGCGACUUAUUCAUGGGUUAUGCAAACAUGGUUGGCUGCAAUGGGUGGAAGAGUCCCUAAAGUUGUGAUCACUGAUAAAGAUCAUAACUUGGAAUCUUCAGUUGCUCAAAUCUUUCCAUCUUCAAAGCAUUGUUUUUGUUUGUGGAACAUAAUGGGGAAAAUAUCUGAAGCUCUUAAUCAUGUGAUUAAAGAGCAUGAUAAUUUCAUGGUGAAAUUUGAAAAGUGUAUCCAUAGGUCAUGGAUAGAUGAGCAAUUUGAGAAGAGAUGGUUUAAGAUAAUAGAAAGAUUUGGACUUAAAGAUUAUGAUUGGAUGCAGUCUUUAUACGAAACCCGUAAGCAGUGGGUCCCGAUCUAUAUGAAAGAUGUUUGUCUAGCUGGAAUGUCAACUCCUCAAAGAUCCGAAAGUGUAAACUGUUUUUUUGACAAAUAUGUCCAUAGAAAAACGAGUGUGCAAGAGUUUAUAAGACAGUAUGAAACUAUAAUCCAAGAUAGAUAUGAAGAAGAAGCAAAAGGGGAUUCUGACACAUGGAACAAACCUCCAACAUUAAGGUCUCCAUCACCUUUUGAAAAACACGUGUCAAGUAUAUACACACACACUGUUUUCAAGAAAUUUCAAGUUGAAGUCUUGGGUGCUGUUGCUUGUAUGCCUAAAAAAGAAGCACAAGAGGAAAUGGUGGCGACUUUUAGGGUUUCUGAUUUUGAAAAGAACAUGGAUUUCAAUGUUUCUUAUAACGAGUCAACAUCUGAAGUGACAUGUAUCUGUCGUUUGUUUGAAUUCAAGGGGUUUUUAUGUAGACACGCGAUGAUUGUUCUUCAAAUUUGUGGUCUUUCCAGUAUUCCAGCUCAGUAUAUUCUGAAAAGGUGGACAAAAGAUGUGAAGAACAGGGGUUUGACUUUGAUGUCUGAAGGGGGUGAGCAGUUGCAGUAUAGGGUUCAGAGGUAUAAUGAUUUAUGUCAGAGGGCAAUUAAAUUGGGGGAAGAGGGGUCUUUAUCUCAGGAGAGUUAUAAUUUGGCAAUUGGUGCACUUGAAGAGGUUUAUACAAAUUGUGUUUGUUUAAACAAUUCAAAUAAGAAUCUUAUUGAAGUGGGGACAUCAAGUGGUCAAGGUGUUUUGAGGAUUGAAGAUGAUAAUCAAAGAAACACACGUGCAAAUAAAAAGAAGAAUCCUAUGAAGAAAAGAAAGGCAAACUCAGAACAGGAUAUUAUGACUGUUGGAGGCCAAGACAGCUUGCAGCAACUGGACAAAUUGAGCUCACGAUCAAUAGGUCUGGAUGGGUAUUUUGGUCCACAGCAAAGUAUGCAAGGAAUGGUUCAGCUUAACUUGAUGGCACCUUCAAGAGAUAAUUAUUAUGGAAACCAACAGGCUAUUCAAGGACUGGGGCAAUUGAAUUCAAUAGCACCAAAUCAUGAGUGUUAUUAUGGUGCUCAGCCUACCCUUCAUAGCCUGGGUCAAAUGGACUUUUUACGUGCACCAGGCUUCACAUAUGGCAUUCGGGAGGAGCCUAGUGUGCGAACCACCCAAUUGCAUGAUGAUGGGUCAAGACAUGCAUGAGCUUAUUAUGUUAUGGUGAGCGGAUCUUUUUAUUUGUCAAGGAGAGAAUAGUUUUGAGAUGGAAGAGGGUGUAGGGGACUCGGAUGGGAAUUUACUGUUUUGCCCAUGAAUCAUCACGAGGAGAGCUUCAAAGAUGUAUGUAUCACUUCAUCAUCCUGUAUGUAUGUAUGUAUGUAUGUGUUAUGGGAGAAAAGUUGGGAGCUGUUGUCCCACAAAAUUUGUUGUAUUAAGGGGUAUUUUCCACGCCAAGUCUUUAUGAAUAUGAAAAUCAAAAUUAGAAUAUGAGCAAAAUAUGUAAUUUAAUGAUUUAUCUUGUUGUAAAAAAGGUUGUGUAUUGAAAUAAUUCAACUCUAUAUGGGCAUAUGCUUAUUCAAACUUGAUG